UAUACACACACAUGUAUAUACACACACACAUAUACACACAGAGAGACACACACAUAUAAAUCGCACACACAUACACACAUUUUUUUUUUACAAAAUCUGGUUGGUGGAAGAACUAAAUCAAUCUACCCCAAAACCCAUGGAUUUCAUUGAUUACUUGACUAUAUUUGUCCUAAGAUUUUACCUUCUACUAAUGCUGAAUUACAUUGUGUGAAGUUCAAGUCAACCGACAGCCACAUAAUGAAGGCUCCGAAAGCCAAGUUGGAGAGCUUAGAUUCAAACAUUUUAAAAAUAAAUUUAAAAAAAAAAAACUAAUCAUUUUCCCUGACACUUAGUGGCACGCAGCAGAUGUGAUAAACCUGAAAUGAGUUCAGUCACACUUUUCAGAAGGAAAACAACAAACAAGUCGGAGUGUAAGGAAGUCGAGACUAUGGUUAACAGAGUUUGGAGAGAGGAGAGAAGAGGGCACAGAGAAAGGGUGAUGAAGGGUCCUGAGUUCCAGCUGACAGGAAGAGGUGUGCGUCCUUCGCGGCAGGGUGCUGGGAAUAGUGAUAGCGUGCUGUGUGUUUUCAAAAGUUAGAAGAAGCUUUUUCUGCUGGGAACCGGCUGCUCGCUGUUGAAAUGGACAAGUUCAUGAAACCCGGGAAAGUGGUGCUCAUCCUGGCUGGAUGCUACUCCGGACGCAAAGCCAUCAUCGUGAAGAACAUUGAUGAUGGCACCUCAGACCGCCCUUACAGCCAUGCCCUGGUGGCUGGAAUUGACCACUAUCCCCGAAAAGUGACAGCUGCCAUGGGCAAGAAGAAAGUCGCCAAGAGAUCCAAGAUCAAGUCCUUUGUGAAGGUUUAUAACUACAACUACCUGAUGCCCACAAGGUACUCUGUGGACAUCCCCCUGGACAAAACUGUUGUCAACAAGGAUAUCUUUAGGGACCCAGCCCUGAAACGCAAGGCAAGGCGGGAAGCCAAGGUCAAAUUUGAGGAACAAUAUGAGACAGAGAAGAACAAAUGGUUUUUCCAGAAGCUUCGUUUUUAGGUAUAUUUUUGCUUACAUCAUUAAAAGUUUAAAAAAAAAAAAAAGUUAGAAGAAAAGAUUUUGAAUGUAUUUUUUUUUACCAUAGCAUGAUAAAUAUUUGUGGAGAUAUGGUUAACCUGGCUUAAACAUUGUACGAUGUAUUUAUGUAUCAAAACUUCAUACAUUGGUCCCUUUCUGUUGCUGUGACAAAAUACAGUGGCCAAAGGCAACUUAUGGUUUCCAAUCUCACAGGGCUAGAGUCCAUAAUGACAGGGACGGCACGAGAGCAGGGGGCUGGAGCAGGAAGCUACCUAAUCACCUUUCUAUCCACAUGGAGGAAACACGCACAUGCACACAUGCUCACACAAAGACAGAAAGACAGAGACAGAGAGAAAAGGAGAGUGGUGGGAGUGGGGAGGCUACAGACUCUCAAAGUCCAUCCCAGUGACAUUCUUACUUCAUCAUGCCUUCAUAUCCUAUAAGUUCCACAACAUCCCCAAAACAGCAACUGAUGACCGAGUGAGUAUUCAAAUACGUGACUCUAUGGGGGACCUUUUCCCAUUCACAUUAUCACCCCCAAAUGUGUACAAGUUCUUGUUUUUAGACACUUUAAAAUAAAUCUUUAAAUGAUAAAACAUAACCAAAUCCAACCUAUUGUCAUCUUUUCCUUGAUAAACACAAUAUUCUUGAAUGCACGUCUGGCUGGUUGAAAAGGCUAA